AAAAUGAUGAGAAUAAAUGUGUCACUAUUGCUCUUUGUAGUAUUUUUUUCAUUGGUUUCUUCCUCAGCGAGAGGUAGUGUCACGUAUGAUGAUAGAGCCAUAGUAAUCAAUGGGAAGAGAAGAAUUCUCAUUUCUGGUUCUGUUCACUAUCCAAGAAGCACUCCCGAGAUGUGGCCUGAUCUUAUACAUAAGGCUAAAGAUGGAGGCUUAGAUGUUAUUGAGACUUACGUGUUCUGGAAUGGGCAUGAGCCUCCACCAGGAAAAUUUAAUUUUGAGGGAAGAUAUGAUCUGGUUAAAUUCAUUAAACUAGUACAACAAGCUGGACUUUAUCUCAAUCUCCGCAUUGGCCCUUACAUAUGUGCAGAAUGGAACUUUGGGGGUUUUCCUGUUUGGUUAAAAUAUGUGCCAGGAAUGGAAUUUAGAGCAGAUAAUCAGCCUUUUAAGGUUGCUAUGCAAGGAUUUGUUGAGAAAAUUGUCAACAUGAUCAAGUCAGAGAAUUUGUUUGAACCUCAAGGAGGACCAAUUAUUAUGGCACAGAUAGAAAAUGAAUAUGGACCAGUAGAGUGGGAAAUUGGUGCUCCUGGUAAACCUUAUGCAAAAUGGGCUGCUGAAAUGGCUGUAGGUCUAGACACUGGAGUCCCAUGGAUCAUGUGUAAGCAAGAAGAUGCCCCUGAUCUUGUUAUAGAUACUUGCAAUGGUUUCUACUGUGAAAAUUUUAAACCUAAUAAACCCUACAAACCUAAAAUGUGGACAGAAGUCUGGACUGCCUGGUAUACCAAAUUUGGUGGUCCAGUUCCUAGGCGACCUGCUGAAGAUAUGGCAUUUGCAGUUGCAAGGUUUAUACAGAAUAAUGGUUCAUUCUUCAACUAUUACAUGUAUCACGGGGGAACAAAUUUUGACCGGACAACUGCAGGCCGUUUCAUUGCCACUAGUUAUGAUUAUGAUGCUCCAUUGGAUGAAUAUGGGCUGCUGAAUGAACCAAAAUAUGGGCACUUGAGAGACUUGCAUAAAGCUAUAAAGCUCUCUGAACCAGCCUUGGUUUCAUCCUAUGCAAAAGUCACUUGGCUCGGAAAAAAUCAAGAGGCGCAUGUGUAUAGCUCGAAAUCUGGCGUUUGUGCUGCAUUUUUGUCCAACUAUGACCCAACUUUUUCAGUUAAAGUCACUUUUCAGAAUAUGCAAUAUGACCUGCCUCCAUGGUCCAUCAGCAUUCUUCCUGAUUGCAGAACUGCUGUCUACAACACUGCUAGGAAUAGCUCCCAAAGCUCUCAGAUGAAGAUGACACCUAUUGGUGGUGGAUUAUCUUGGGAGUCAUACACUGAAGAAACUCCCUCUGCUGAUGAUAGUGAUACACUUUCAACCAGUGGACUAUGGGAGCAGAUAAAUGUUACUAGGGAUUCCUCAGACUAUUUAUGGUACAUGACAGAUGUAAGUAUAGCAUCUGAUGAAGGAUUUCUAAAGAAUGAAAAGGAACCUCUUCUAACUGUUAUGUCUGCUGGUCACGCCUUGCACGUCUUCAUCAAUGGCCAACUAUCAGGAGCCGUUUAUGGAGGAUUGGAAAACCCAAAGUUGACAUAUAGUGGCAAUGUGAAACUAAGAGCUGGUAUAAAUAAAAUUUCUAUGCUCAGUGUUGCUGUUGGUCUCCCUAAUGUUGGAUUGCAUUUUGAGACGUGGAACGCUGGAGUGCUUGGUCCAAUCACAUUAAGUGGUCUCAAUGAGGGUACAAGAGAUUUGACAAAACAAAGAUGGGCAUACAAGGUUGGUAUGAAAGGUGAAAUGUUAAGUCUUCACACUUUAAGUGGGAGUUCCUCUGUUAAAUGGGUCAAGGAUUUGUUGCUGGCUCAAAAGCAGCCCCUGACUUGGUACAAGGCUACAUUUGAUGCACCUGAAGGAAAUGACCCACUAGCUUUGGAUAUGGGAAGUAUGGGAAAAGGUCAAAUAUGGAUAAAUGGCGAAGGCGUAGGUCGCCACUGGCCUGGAUACAUAGCACGCGGCGACUGUGGUGAAUGCAAUUAUGCAGGACUCUACAGUGAACAGUGUCAGACCAACUGCAAGCAGCCUUCUCAAAGAUGGUAUCAUGUCCCGCGAUCAUGGCUGAAACCAAGAGGGAAUCUGUUGGUAAUGUUCGAAGAAUGGGGAGGUGAGCCAGAAGGAAUUUCUUUGGCUAAAAGAUCAACAACCAGAGUUUGUGCUGAUAUUGUUGAAGGACAACCAAGUCUUAAAAGUUGGCAUAUGGCAACUAACAGUUUGCAACUAAAAGCUCAUUUACGGUGCCCAGCUGAGCUGAAAAUCUCAGACAUACAGUUCGCAAGUUACGGAUUACCACAGGGAACUUGUGGAAACUAUCACGAAAGUAGCUGCCAUGCUCAUAAGUCCAAUGAUGCAUUUGAAAAGAACUGCAUUGGACAGCAAUCUUGUUCAGUAAAUGUAGUGCCUGAGAUCUUUGGAGGAGAUCCAUGUCCAAAUACCUCUAAGAAACUAGCUGUGGAAGCUACGUGCAGCUAAAAGUGGCAAAGAUUUUUAUAGGGAACUAAUGGAGAAACGUCUCAUUUCAGUACAGGUACUCAGAUUACAGAGGGCAUAGCUUUGUAAUUAUCCUUGCUUCUCCGCAAGCUUAAAUUUCAGAAGUUCCACAAAAACUGUCCAUUUAUCGAUUGAAGAAAUUGUACAGCAUCUUGUAUACCAUACAUCACUAUGACUUUUAAGUAUCCAUACAAAUAAAUUUCAUGUAUACAUACGUACACAACAAAUUUGUGGGUCACUGGCCACCCUUCCACCGAAUUGCUGAAAACCAGGCCGGGAGAGGAGUAAAGCUUCUUGUGAAAUGACACAAGUUGCAAGGGGGCCAACUUCCAUUUUUCUGUGUAAUAACUUUAUUGUCCACAACUGUGUCAGUAGGUUCGCUUAUUUCUAUAGCUUUGCAUCAAAGCUUCUUGUGAAAUGACAUAAGUUGUAAGGGGGCCAACUUCCAUUUUUCUUUGUAAUAACUUUAUUGUCCACAACUGUGUCAGUAGGUUAGCUUAUUUCUAUAGCUUUGCAUCCUUUUGUGUUUGCCUUAAUAUUUAAGUCCUAC